CCCUGUGCUUCCAAUUCCAUAUGCGGAAAUAGGGAAGCCCCUCGCGCAGAAGCAAAAACGGAGGCGUCCCCGGAUUCCAGAAGCUUCUAGUGGAAGCACUGUAGAAUCGCCGCGGCGCGUCUGCUCGUCGGGGGAGAUCGAGGCGAGGGAACUCGCGAGGCGGUCGAUCGGAGACCGGUGGUGGAGGAGUGGAGGGAGGCAGCGCAAUGCCGCGUGGGAGGCGGUAGGGAUGGCGGCGGCGGCAUGGCGAGGGGAGUAGCGCGAGCGGUGUCGUUCGGAGGCCGCGGCGCGACGGCGAGGUGGUGCUCGUACCGGCGCAUCACGGUGGCCGUCUGCCUCGGGAACCUCGUCGCCGCGCUCCUCGUGCUCCGCUCCCUCACCUCCUUCGCCCCGGCUCCGCCCAAACGUGAAGAAGUGUUGCAGUAUACGGAGGAGCAGAUUAGAAAAGCGGAGGAGUCGAUCCGGAUUCGCCGCGAGGCGGAGCCCUUCGAGCUUGUCGAGGCGGUGAAGAAUCUGCAGAAGAUUUUCAAGCGGGCGGAGAAGAGGCGGAAGGAACUGCCACUGGAGUUGAAACAGAAGAUCUCGUACGAGAUUGUGCAGCUCCUGCACAACUUGGGGGAUAACAGCAGUUUCGCGCAGCAACGAGAAUCAGUGGAAUUAUGGCGUCUCGAGAAGCUAAAAGAUAUAAAAAAUGCAUCUACUCGGAACUCAACAAAGUUAGGCCUCUCCAAUGAGGAAGCACGAAUCUUAAAGCGAGCCCUACAGUUCAACUGGCAUUUGCUGAUGGAUGACAUUGGUCUUUGGAUACCAUUAGAAGUCUCACAUACUGAACAUGACGACAGACCUGAGAAUGAACCAGAAGAUGAAGAGAUAAUAGCAGGUCCACCUUUAGCUCCACAAUGCAAUGCUGAGCUACAUACUGAUUAUGAUGGUGCUGCUGUUAGAUGGGGCUUAACACACCCCAAAGAAUCUGCCGCUGAUUGCUGUCAAGCAUGCCUAGACCAGGCCAAGAAUGCCAAGCCAGGUGAACUAAGGUGUAACAUUUGGGUUUAUUGCCCAUCAGAGUUUGGAUGCUUCUCUCCAGAUAAAUAUGAGCAUAAACACCAGGAAUGCUGGUUGAAACAGGCGGACCACCCUAAACUCAACUUCAAAGAUAAGUAUUCAGAGUCAUACAGAAAUUCUCAUCCUACUGCUCCUGUCGUUGUGCCCUGGAUGUCAGGUGUCAUCAGCGCGUGAGCUUGUUAGUCCCCAGAAGCUCAUUGGAGUUUGGGAGAUUUGUACCGAACUACCGAUGAAAACUUCACCGAAACAACUUCAUACAGCGAUUCUUGGUUUUCCCUUUUUGGCUUUCGCCACGAUACGUUUCUCUUUCUCUUAUUUUGGUAUAUACGAAUAUUAUGUAAACCUUAGAUUAGUCAUCUGAUAGCAAAAGGGUCAUUUGAGGGCGGCUGUUGAGUGGCUAAGUGUUGGUGGCUGAUUAUACACAUUACGCAUCAAUUCAAUCAAAGGUGCUCACGCACAUUUCCACUCCA